GCUAGGUGGGUGGGGAUGGGGACUCUUCCAGCAUUGAAGUGUGUGAGAAAACCUGAGUGAUGAUGAAAGUUGAGAGACCUACUAAGCCCUUCAAGACCAAUUAUGAAUAAAAGAGGGGAAAGGGGGUCCCCUUGUUUUACCCCUCCAGUCAUCUUAAAGAACCCUGAUGGACAUCCAUUGACUAGGACAAAAAAUUUUGAGGCUUUCAGGAUUUCAUCUAUGUUUUGAAUGGGAGAGGUAGUGAAGACCUUUGAGAAAUGAUUCACAGCUUCUCUCUUGAUUCCCUCAAGGUCCUCUAUAUUUCUUCCAUUUUCCCCUUUGAUUUUUCUAAUUUUGAGCAUUUGUCUUCUGCCCUUGACAUAGGAUUGGAAGAACUUCGAGUUUCUGUCACCAAGGUCCAUCUAGUUAAUGUUACUGCUUGGUCAUCCAUUUUGGUGUCAGUGAGCAGAAGGUGGCACGGCUUGAGUCCCCCUUUUUUGAGUGUCAUCAAGACUUCUGUGAGUGAGAGGACCAUGUUCUUCACAAAGGUGACUAAGAGCCAUGGGAGAAGAGGUGCUCUCUAUGCCUUGCACAAUUGGCAUUGGAUUGGCUCCAUUGUGAAGGAGGGGGCAGCUUUUGGGGUGCCCCCAUGGACACCUGGCCCUUCCCGGCGGAACACCAUCAAAAAACCAGAGUCUCUUAAGGAAAAAUCUUUGGAAGUCCCAUUCUUCUUUGAAGUUAAAAAGGAUGUCAUUACCAUCAAGAUGUUGAAGUUGGAGGGAGUCUUCAAAACCAAUUCUAUUCAUAGCCUUUCUUAUGAGCUUCAGGUCCAGUCUCCUGUUGCACCUACCCACCAGAGCAAAUCUGAGCUUCAAGGCUAGAUGGUUGGUUUCUUCAGCAUUGAAAGAGAUGGAUGGAUUGCCUCUAACCUUGCCAUGAACCUGUCCCAAACUCCUGUAUGAUGAAGACACCAAUUUGGAGAACUGUUUCCUUUUUUCUUGUGCGUAUGACUUUCUAUAAUAUGGUGAUUGAUCAUACUUGUUUGGCUUUGAAACGUGAAUUGUUUUAAUCGCCGGAGUUCUGGUCGGAAAACCAGAGGAUUCCGGUGACUUUCUCACACUAAAAUCCAUCAUCCAUAUAUAUAUAUUAAAAAGAAGAAAAGUACAGGAGGUGG